CUCUAACACCCUGCGUCUGUCUUGCAGUUUGCCAGGAUCGGCCAGUCUUCACACUCACUCUCAGGACGACACUGGGCAGAAGAGACAACAUGGCUUUACGAAUGAACGCUUCCACGUUCGUGGGACUUUCCCUGCUUUCUCUGACCUGGAAAGCAGCCUGGGCCAAGGUGGAGGUGAACAUGGAGGACAGAGUGGAGGUGUUCCUUGGGGACACGGCCCAGAUCACCUGCAUGUUCACGGUCUCAGACAGCCACGAUGAUGUCAUUAUCCAGUGGUAUAUGAUCACGAAGACCAACGUCCGCUCGAGGAUCUACUACGGAGACAGAAACGUGCAGGUAGUCGACCGGGACGGGCAGUUCACAGACAAGAUCAGUGUGAAUGGGAUGGGGAAGAGCAGCGAGGUGGUGCUGACCAUCAGGGACGUGGCGCUGGAGGAUGAGCUAGAGUUCAUCUGCCAAGUCAACGGACUGUCAGCGGGUAACAUGGAGGGACGCACAAUGCUCAAGGUGUUCGCAUCGCCUGAUCGUCCAAACAUUGAGGGGGUGCACUCUGGGAUCUCUGUCAGCAAAAAUAACCCAUCUAAGAUAGGGAGCUGUGAGGCUAAGAAUGGCUACCCCAGGCCCAACAUCACUUGGUACCGUGACCAGAGCCCACUGCAGAAUACGCCAGGCGAGGUCAGUGUGGUGACCCUGGUCACUAAGGAGUCCAGUGGUCUGUACACUGUCCAGAGUGACCUUCACCUGAAUGUGGUCAAGGAAGACGAGGAUUCGUUCUUCUACUGCGAAGUCAGCUACCUUGUCCCUGGUGGAACCAAGAUGACUGAGACCAACAAGAUCAACAUCACUAUCCACUAUCCAACCACUUCUCUUGAUGUGUGGGUGGAGUCACCAAAGGGGCGUGUCAAAGAAGGGGACACAGUUGAGGUCCAUUGCCGUGCCAACGGUAAUCCUCAACCACCCUUUACAUUCAUGCACAAUAUGCAAGAGCUGGAAUCGGAGCUGAAUGUGUUGGUCCUGAAAGACGUGAUGCGUCUAAGUAGCGGCGACAUCACCUGUACCUCACUAGACCUGGACACGCAUGAAGAAACCGUAGGGCACACAGAGCUCUUCGUCGACUAUCUGGACCAGGCUGUGUUGAUUCCCAAAGACACCCAUGUCAUGGCCCAGGGAGAGGAGCUGAUGGCCACCUGCAAUGCCCUGUCCUCCCUGCCCACACACACUGAAUGGUUCAAGAAAGGAGAACAUUUUGCAGAGGGCCACACACUGACCCUGAAGGACGCUGUGUUUGACAUGGCGGGGACGUACGUGUGUGUGGUGAAGGUGCCUUCACUAGAAGGACUGGAGACCAGUGGCUCUUUACAUGUCCACGUACAGGGACCCCCAGAGAUCAAGGAGUCAGCAGACACAGUCCUGGAAGAGGUCACAGAUAAGUUCCUUAACCUGAGCUGCCAUGCUAGAGGGUACCCAACCCCUGUUAUCACCUGGAGCUCCUCUGACGAAUCACAGAUCCUGAAAGAGGUGUCCCACAGACAGACAGAGGACGGGGUUCUCAGUGUGGUGAGCGUCAAGGUGACCUCUGACGUCACAGCCAACUGCAACGCCUCCAACGUCCAUGGCACAGACUCCUUCCUCUUCAGCAUCAAAGCCAUUGUCCAAACGACCUCGUCAGCUCCCAGUACUACAGUAACAACAGUAACCCCAGUAACUCCUCCGAAGAGAGUCAAGAAAGAGGGCAGCGGUGUGAUCAUCGCUGUCAUCAUCAUCUGUAUUCUCCUGCUGGCUAUCCUUGGCAGUGUGCUGUACUUCCUGUACAAGAAGGGCAAGAUCCCAUGUGGGCGUUCGGGCAAGCAGGAUCUUACCAAACCGAGUAAGGACAGCACAAUGGUGGAGAUUAAUAACACAGAGGAGGCCGUGCUUUUAGGUGUCAACGGAGACAAGAAGCCCCCUAGUGACCAGUAAAGGGUGAUAAGUACAUGGACGUGCAGAAGUGAGUGUGGCUGUGUGAAGGGGCGACUCCUGCAGCUGCUCCCAGUCCAGUUCACUCUCUCAGGGUGGGAUGGAUCCUUUGAUGCCUUGUGGCCAACAACUCAUCUGAUAUGUGCUGCAGUUCUAACCUGAUCCCACAUUCUUAGUUCUUUAGCAUGGCAGUGGCUAACAAAGGAGGUAGCUACGUUAUGUUCACCAUUUGCAUAACAUAGAACAUGCAGAUCUAGGAUCAGCCGAGCAAUUUUCCUGAAUGCGCUACUUCUAGGCACCCAUAAGACCCAGUUAGAGCACAAAAUAAGGAUGGUUUUAUAUAUAUAUAUAAAUGUACCUUAAUCCAAAUGCCAACUCAGGCAACCAAUCACUGAAGAUCAGCCUGGAACUGCUCUUUAUGAAGUGUAUAUUAUUAUUAUAAAUAUAUAUAUACAGUGCCUUGUGAAAGUAUUCGGCCCCCUUGAACUUUGCGACCUUUUGCCACAUUUCAGGCU